AUGGUUCCUUUGAGAAGCUGUCGCCCCGGUGCUGCCCAUAAACGAAUAUUGAGCAGAAACAGGCUCGAAAACACUAUUGUUGUAAAGAUAGUCGCUCACGUACUCGUUGCGGUUGUUCGGUAUGUCGACCCUGGCAUUGUAGCCCAAAAGAACACGAAUACACUUGUUUGCAGUGUUGUGGCUCAUGAUAUGAAGAGCGGUGUUACCAUCCAUGUCCUGCUGGUUGAUAAAGUUGAUAAUUCUCUCCAUUGGCUGCACUGUCUCGGCAAUCUUGGUCAACAAGAUCUCGGUGUAGUACCUCGCCGAAGGCAGGUUAUUGACAGAGUUGGUCGAAAACCCAAUGUGGUGCAAAAUGGUGCGCCCGCGCUCGUCUGUAUCCAGCAGAGAGUCUCUCAGGAGAUCUAG